AUGAGUGAUGACAAUAUGAUUAAUGAUAACGAUGAGAAUAUUUCUAAAAAUCAUUCCCAACUGUUAAAAUCAGUUGCGGAGCUGGAUCAUAACUUUUUAAAAAUUAAAAAAUCUGAAAGAAAUGAACUAACCUCAGAAAUCUCGGAAUUUCACUUAGUACGUAGUGGAAUUACUGACAACGAACCCGUUCGCUUAGAAAAUCUAGUGAAUACACUACGAGGGCAAGAUCAAAGUUUAAAGCUUAGCAAUCAAUUCAAAGCUACCAAAAAACGAGCAAAGAUUUUGCCUAAACCACUAGAAAAACCAGCUGAUGAAAGGUUAAAACGUCAAGUUUGUUUUGAAAAUGCCAGCGAAAAUUUGAAAAAAUGGAAUCCUAUAGUCACUAAAAAUAGAGUUGCAGAUCAUUUAGUAUUUCCAAUAAACACCUCAUCUUCAAAGAAACUUUCUAAUAAUGGAAAAGUUAAGUCUUAUCGGAUACAAUCAGAUUUAGAAAAAGAAUAUGCAUCGUUAGAACCAUCUGAAGAAGCUGACGAUAAUGAAAAUCAAAUAGAUAAGUUUACUCUUACAAAAGAGGAAAUGAUUCAAAAAGCAAAAGAAAAUGCUAAAUUUCGGGCUCAACAAUCUUAUAAAGCAGAAAAAGCUCGGAGAGUAAAUAAAAUAAAAAGUAAAAAAUUCCAUAAAAUUGAAAAAAAGGCUAAAAUCAAGCAACAGUUUCAAGAGUUUGAUAAACUUCAGAAGAGCAACCCUGAACUUGCUCUACAAAAAUUGGAGGAAUUGGAUAAAGCAAGAGCACUAGAAAGAAUGUCAUUAAAGCAUAAAAAUACAGGACAAUGGGCUCGAAAUAAACAAGUUAGAGCUAAGUAUGAUAAAGAGAGUCGUCAAGUACUAGCUCAACAACUAUCAAUUAGUCGUGAAUUAACUCAAAAGGUCAAAAAAGAUGACAGUGAUGAUGAUGAUGACUAUGAAGAUUUAGAAACAAAUGUUUUAAAAACUACGUCUGAGCCAUUAGAAUACAACCCUUGGGUAAAUAAUGAAAUAUUUUCAUUAGAACCAGAAAUAAAUUCUAAAGAACAUCAAAUUGACGUUCAAAAUAAAAAUAAAAUUUCCAACAACAAUUUAUUAAAUCCAAUAGAACAAGUAAGUGUGGAAUAUAUUAAUGAUAAAAAUGAAAAACCUAUCAAAGGAUUGGAUAAAAAACGAAAAAUUAAAGAAUUGAAAUGCGUUGAAGAAAAUAAGGUAAAGAAAAUGAAAAAUGUUAAAGACAAAUCCAUGAAAAAAAACGCAACAAAGCAAACAAUUAAUUCUGGCACUUCAGAAUGGUUGGUCGAAGAAUCAGAAAAAGUUUCACAAUCGUUUUCUCUCUCGAGUAAAAAGUUACCAACAGUAUCUGAAAUAUUUGAAACUUUAGAAAAUGAUAAUCAGCGGAAAGCCUUAAAAAAAUUGAAAAAAUUAAAACGCAAAUUAAAAACACAAAAUUCAAAUAAAAAUAAGAAAUUAGUAACAAAUUCAAAUAAUAAAGAAUCAGAUUUGUCAUUUAAAAAAAAAAGUAAUCGUCCAUUUAUCGAUGAUGCGUUGGAUGAAAAUGACAUAAGACAUGAUAAUGAUAAUAAAACAGGACAAGUAACUGAGCACCAAUCGAGAUUUGAACUCGAUACAUCUAAAAAUAUCUCAAAAGCAGUUGUAACAGAAAUAGAUCCCAAUAAGUUCAUUCAGGCCAAAUCUAAACAUAUAAACUUGAAAAAUGACCUUCCAGAUGAUUUAAAAAGUGAAGUUGACGUUUUAGAUGAUAGUGAUGAAGAUGAAAUAGAAGAAAGUCAACAAAAAAUUAUAAGUGAAGCAUUUAUUGAUGAUGAUGUCACAAAUGAAUUCAAAAAUGAAAAAGAAGAACAGAUAAAGAACUCUCAAUUACGUCAGGUAGAAACUCGUCUUCCUGGAUGGGGAUCAUGGGCUGAUAAAAAUUUUAAAAUAUCUCAACGUAAGAAGCGCCGCAUUAUUAUUAAUUCAAAUGAAACAGCUCACAGAAAAGAUAAAGAUAAAGAAAAUGUUAUAAUCAUUGAUGAUAUCGAUGCCAAACUUAGACAGCAUCAAAUCAAUGAUUUGCCUCAUCCAUUUGUAACCGUAGAAGAUUUUGAAGCCAGCAUACGUACACCUAUCGGUCGAAAUUUCGUUCCAGAAAUUUCUCAUAGACAACUUAUUAAACCACCGGUGAAAACAAGAAUGGGAACUAUAAUUGAACCAAUGAGUGAAGAUGUUCUUAUAAAGGAAAAAUCACCAAGCGUACCUUUAAAAAGGAAAAGUUUUCUCAACGAGAUCAAAUUGUAA